CCGAGAUCGGGAAUAUGGCCGCGCGGUCCGUUUGGGCGGUCCGGCGGCUGUUGCAGCGCCUCCUGGCCUCGAGUGCCGCGUCCGAAGGCAGGGGAUGGCCACAUCCUUUCAGCACCGCCACCCAGAGAACUGCUGGUGAGGACUGCAGUUCUGAGGACCCUCCCGAUGAGCUUGGGCCCUCUCUGGCCGAACGAGCCUUAAAGCUGAAAGCUGUGAAACUGGAGAAGGAAGUCCAGGACUUAACAAUGAGAUACCAGAGAGCUGUAGCCGAUGGUGAAAACAUAAGGCGGCGAACCCAGAGAUGUGUAGAAGACGCCAAGAUAUUUGGUGAGAGAUUUAUUUGUGAUAAAAACUAAAAUACCUUUGAGUUUGGGACACCUGGGUGGCUCAGUCGGUUAAGUGUCCGAUUCUUGGCUUCGGCUGAGGUCAUGAUCUUAGUCAGAAGGUUGAACCCCGCGUUGGGCUGUACACUGGGAAUGGACCCUGCUUGGGAUUCUGUCUCUCCCUCUGCCCGUCCG